AGAAAUUCAUAGAGCAUGGCGGACUACGGAGGCGGCUACGGCGGUCGGGACGGAGGUCGCGGGUACAACGAUGGCCCUCGGGGCGGCUACAACGACCGGGGCUUCCAGGACGGCAACCGCCGCCGGAAGCGCUCAGACGACAUGUCGGACAACUAUGGCAACAAGCGCCACCGCAACAACUACAACCAGCGUGGCGACUACCGCGACAACUACCGCGGUCGCCGCGACGACAACUACCGCGACAACAACCGCAACGGCGGUGACGACGACGUCUUGGAGCUCAAGCGACGCGUCAUUACGCUCGGCGACAGCGUGAACGUGAGCGACACGCACGCCGUGCGCGACGUGCUCUCGCGCUGCGGCGAGUGGCUCGGCGAGCAGCUCAUGUUCCAGGCGCAGGAAAUCGCGGCGCUCGUCGUGACGUGCGCGGGUCGCCUCAGCGCCAAGAGCGAGUGGUACGCGCUGCUCACGACGCUCCUCAACGAAAAGAAUGGCGUCUUUGGCAAAAAGGUAGUCGAGCUCGCGUGCCAAGCGAUCCAAACCGACCUCAACUGGUGGCAAUCCGAGGACGACCCCGCUGAGGGCACGACCGAGCUCUUGCGCAUCAAGCUUCUCGUGCGCUUCCUCGGCCACCUCGCAACGACCAAGAUGAUUGUGGCGGCCGACGUGAUCCAGCUCCUCGCCCACUUUGUCGCGCUCUGCACGCCCGAGCCGAUCGAGCCCGACAACCGGGCCCAGCAAGAUGCGACCGCGAUCAAGGACUACAUUGCGUACAUCGUCCUUGACACGCUUCUCCACUGCGGGCAUGCGCUCUCGGUGGCCGCCGAGGAGCCGUUCGACGAGCUCAUCGCACAGCUCACGACGUACAUGGCGUUCCGGGAAGUCGACACGACCCACUCGCGCUUCGUGCCCUCCAACAGCUGGGUCGUCCAGCGCGUGCGCCUCAACAUGCUCUGCGACCCGGAAGACGACGACGUCCUCGGCGUGGCCAAGGCGCUGGACCCGCUGGCCGCCACGUGGACGGCGGUCGAGCAGCUCGUGGCCGGCCUUUCGCGGGACUCGACCAAGUCGGACGUCGCGCUCUACAAUCCGUCGCAGUCGACGUGGAAGGUCGCUGCGCUUAUGUACCCGCAGCAGUUCUUCAUGACGGUCAUCAAAAACACGGUGCCCUUUGCGCUGCCAACCUCGGCGUUUCCGUUUACGCUCGAGCUGUCGGCCAUUCACGCCAAGAAGCUGCCGUCGUACUCGGUCGUCUUUCGCAUCCUCAACGACGAGAGCGGUCCGAUGGGUAUCGCGAUUGCGCAAAUGCACUUGCCGUCGUACCUCGUCGCCCGGAGCUACUUUGAAGACAUUCUCAAGGCGUUUGCGCCGUCGGUCGCCGAGACGUCCAAGCAACUGCUCACGUGUGCGCAUUGGCUCAACGCGCGCUUGGACAACGUCCAGGCCGAGUUUAUUCUCGUCGAGACGCUUCUCGUGCACAUUUUGCAGCACCGCGACGUGCCGUUUGGCGGGGCCGUCCUCUACCAGAUGCUCAAGCAAGACGCCAAGACGAUCCAGAGCGCGCUCGCGAUCCUCAUGGAGCUCCUCUUCCGGCAGAUUCCCAACAUGCAGAUGGGCACGCUCGACGUCUUUGUGCGCUUCUUCUCGCUCUUCCUCUCCAACUUCGAGUACAAGUGGCCGUGGGCGCACUGGAACUACGUGCUCGACGCGCAGGCCGACGACGCGCAGCGCCUCUUUGUCUCGGCCGUCCUCGAGCGCUGCGUGCGUCUGAGCUACCGCCAGCACAUGCAGUCGGUGCUCCCCGAGGCGUUCCACAUGCUUUUGCCGCCCAACCCGCUGCACAUCAUUCGGUUCCGCCAAGACGAAGCCGGCGCGUUUGAAGCCAACAUGAACGCGACGCUCCAGGAUGUGUACGAAGACAUUCUGUCCAAAAUCAAGGCGCGGGACGACGCGGCGGUCAUUGAAGCGUGGUGCACCGAAAAGAAGGCGUCGCUCGACAAGGCGAUCGUGCUGGAAAUGGUCGUCUCGGCGCUCCUUGAAGCCGGCUCGGCCACGUUUACGCACUUUCGGAGCCUCUUGGAGAAGUACCAAGAGCUCUUGGCGACGCUCACGGCGUCGACGGACGAUGCGCUCGCCGCCAUCAACGCGGUCGGCGCCGUUUGGGAGCAGUCGCCGCAACACGUGAUUCUCAUUCUGAGCCUCAUGAUGCGCCACAAGGUGCUCACGUCGACGGCGAUCUCGACGUGGAUGUUUAGUGCCGACGCUGUCCAGCAGUACAGCUGGCAUUAUGUGUGGGAGAUUCUCGACAACUCGAUCGUCUACGGCAUCGAGCGCGUUGAAGCCAACCCGGAGGACGCGGCGGCGCUCGACGACCUGCAAGCGAUGCUCCGCGCAGUCCUCGAGGGUUUCAUGAAGGUCAUUGCGGACCACAAGUUUUCGUGCGACAAGGAAGGCACGUCGUUCAAGGACAAUUGGUACAACAGCACGCUUGCGCGCAUGAAGGCGGUCGGUCGGCGCUUCCGCGUCGCGCUCCAGCCGCUGUUGCCGGCGCUCGAGAGUGGUGUGUUUGCGGCCGCCGGCGCCGAGCAGGACGUGUGCACAGUCUUCCACUACAUCAAAGAGUCGUAUCAAGCCAAGUAGGAUCGGUCGACGACGAAACAACUAAGAGCAACUAAGAGCAGACGACGCUUAUAUAUCGACGGCAAAUUAAGACUUUUCCAACUCAA